ACGCUGCAGCCGGGCUCGGGAGGCGGUGCUCGGGGCGGGCCAGCCCUUACCGGGGAGGGGCCAGCCGGGCCGGGCUCGCUUUCCCUGGACAAAGCCUUGCCGGCGUCGCUGGACCUGCCCCGGUCUCAGAGCCAUGAAGCUGAACGAGCGAAGUCUGGCCUUUUACGCCACCUGCGACUCCCCCGCCGACAACGCCGGCUUCCUCUACAAGAAGGGCGAGCGCAACACGGCGUACCACAAGCGCUGGUUCGUGCUGAAGGGCAACAUGCUCUUCUACUUCGAGGAGAAGGACAGCCGGGAGCCCGUGGGCGUCAUCAUCCUGGAGGGCUGCACGGUGGAGCUGUGUGAGGCCGCCGAGGAGUUUGCCUUCGCCAUCAAGUUCGGCUGUGCCAAGUCGCGCACCUACAUCCUGGCGGCCGAGAGCCAGGCCGCCAUGGAGUCCUGGGUCAAGUCCCUGUCGCGGGCCAGCUUCGACUACAUGCGCCUGGUGGUGAAGGAGCUGGAGAAGCAGCUGGAGGAGAUGCAGUGGGGCCUGCCCGGCUGCCGCAGAGUCCAUCGGAGGUCGCCCAUCUACCGGAAGAGCAAGCCGGCUCUGGGACCGGACCCUGCGGCCGUCGCUGUGGAGCUGCCGCCACCUCGGGAGAAACCCCCGGGGCUGUCUUGUCCCUCCCUGAAGGAGAACGGCUGUGCUGUGUGGAAUAACACCCCGGGCAUGAAGGACCUGCCCGACGGGGGCGUCCCCGGAGGUCCUGCCGACUCGGGGAGCGGGAAGCCGGCCGUGGGGAGCGGCUGCGAAGUCGGCCCCAAGCCACCUCCCUUGCCGCCUCGCCGACAUGCCUCCUCCGGCAAUAGCCGUGGCACGGGACCCGUGGCAGCGGAGAGCUGCGUGUGCCCAGGCACGACAUCUUUCUCCAGGUUGCACGACUGGUACGGCAGAGAGAUCAUCCAGCUGCGGAGAGAGUGGCUGGAGAGCCACAGGAGCCACCAGCUGUGACGGGGGCUCUCCGAGCAGCACGGCAAGAUGGGGUUGGAGGGGAGACUCGUUCGGAAACGCUGAGCUGUCCCUGCCGGCCGCCCGAGCCGUGAGCCAAGCCUGAGACACGCUCACGCGGCGCUGACCCGUCGCAGAAGGGGAAAGUCCCCAUCUCCUGUCGCACGCCCGGCUCUGGCAGCAAUUUAAAUGAGACGCUCUUGCCUUUCCCCGGCCGUCGGCAGGGUGGACGUGGGAGAGGCUGUGGCCAUUCCUGACUCUGCCUUCUGAUUCCUGCCCUUCCUCCUGCGGCCACGUGUCCUGCCUGGCCCUUCUGUUGCUGGCCGCUGACAUUAGGCCCGGUGGUCCAGGCUCGUGCUUGAGAAGCGACAUCUCCGACAGGUUUUUGGAGACGUCCCUCAGGGCUCCACGUUCCACGUGGACCUGCGGAGGGAAAAGCUUCCAGGUCUGAAAGCAUCUGUCCCCGUCCGCAGGCCUCACGUUCCUGCAGCAUCCGACGUGCCAGCUGCACGACGGGGACGGGAAGAGGGGGGUUUCUGUUGCAAUCUGCUGCCUCGUCACCUGCUGCCACCGUGGCUCAGAUCAGCUCUUUAGCCCGCCUGGCCUCUGGGACACCGGACGUCAGAAAUAUCAGGCCUGCUCAAAGCCCCCGGCCUGUCACCGCUCCCCGGCACGGGGCAGGGGCAGAUUUUCUGCCUCGUUCUCAGGCCUGGGUCUCACCAAACUAACCAGCAGCCAGGAUGUGAAUAGCAACGCUGGGCCAGUCUCGCUCAGGAUUCAGGAAUGAGGUUGGACUUGGGUGUUACGGGGCUUUGAAGAAAGACAUCCUCUUUGAGCUGAGCGCCACAGGCACGUGCAAGGAGGCUUUGCCGGAGCGCAGACACUCUUUUUCGGAAGAUGCUGUUUUCCUCGUCGAAAGCCGCGUGUUUUCAUUGCUUGCGUCACGCUCCCCUGGUUGUCCCGAGAUCUUUCUGCUUUUGUCCCCCUCCCCUUGACGUGGCCGAGAGGGAGGGACGCUUCGGGUUGAAGUCACCGACUCGUGCCUACCUGAAGCUCGGUUGAUCUCCCUGUCGCAAAAUCAAAAGGAAGAACAAUCUGCCCCCAUCGGAGAAGGGCGCACACGGCCGAUUCCUCGUUUCUGUUUUAAAUGGGACAAAACCACGCCACAGAUAAAGACCUUCUGCAGAGGUGUCUUCUCAGAGAAGUUAUUUCAGGUGUUGCCCUGGGGGUGGGAGUGUCAGCCUCCUUAAUGGCAGCAAUACGCCCCCGUUUUAAUUAAAUACCACGAGUCCCUGGAGCUGGUAGGUGGGACUUGCACCAGAGCAGAGUGGCCAUCACAGUAAUACUCCAAACAACUUAGCUUAACCUUUGGUAACUUUUCUUUUACACUAAAAACCAGGUGCUGUCCCCACCACAGCGCAGAAGGAUUGUGUCCUUCUCCCCCCAGGCGCUCUUGCCCAGCCACAUCUCCCUUUUGCCACAUGGGACAUUCCCAAUACUCCCAGAUCCGUUCAUGGGAGUCUGGAUUCAGGUGGAAGCGAGAGUUAAAUUGCUGCUCGGCACGUGCCGGACGGUGCAGCGGGUGGUGCGGGCGCAUUCGGGGACAGCUCUGCAAGGUGUAGCUCAGCCUGCAGGACCACGCUUGCUUUGUGCUUAAAACACCUGCUCCUCCAUAACACUGCGGCCGGUCCUUGUCCAGGACCGGGGCCCUGGGCGCUAUGGCAAUACGAGUAAUAACGAGUGCUAAACAGAUGCCCACCUGUGCGUGCACCAGGGCUGCUUGCGGAGCAUAAAGCUCACUUCAUUUUGUCUGCAUUAGGCCCCGUUUGCCAAUUGCAAAUGGGCUCCGUUCAUUUGUUGAAGGAAGCGCAGCGGGCUCAGUGCCCAGAUACAUAGAAAGGCAAUCAGUCCAGGAUUCAAAUAUAGCUCAAGCGAACCGAAAAUCACAUGCAGUAUUUCAUCUCAUCCCAAUGAGGAACUGAAGGCUUCUGAUGUUCCCUUUUUUUUAAUUCCCGUUACUCCUGAAGUGUCAGAGGUGCUGGCUUCGUUCACUGCCAGCCUCUUUUUUCCGUUCCGUUCUGGGACAGGGUCUCCUUCAAAAUCCAGCAAAUGCCCCUUCCCACUUUAACAAUGACAUCCAGUUCUCGGUAGUGCUGAACUAUACCAAAGACUGCCUGAGUAUAUAGCGGCCUCCCAGGGCUUGUAUUGUGAGGUCCCUUCCACACUCCUUGGGCUGGAUUCCUGAACGGGCCACAGCCUUUCUGCCAGAGCGAUGUAUGUGCCCGCAUGAGAGUGUCUUAUUUAUUUCUAAUACUGACAGGCCAUUGGUAAGUUCUGCAUUGAAACAGAAUUCCUCUGCGGAGCGCUGCAUCAGCGCCUGCGACAGUCGAACUUCCCAGGUAAAGGAGGGCAAAACUUUCAGGGCUGAAAACACAGUGCAGCCCUUGGUGAAGGCGCCUUGCAGCGGCUCGUGGGAAAUCUGGUGACCUGCCUCUGUCAAGUGCUCCUGGCUUUCAGGGAUGUUAAAAAUAGAUAAGAGAACACAGACUCUCGCUCUAGAUUCAUAGCGUUUCUUAGGAGCUGGCGUUUGUGUCUGUCCAGGGAACUGCCAUUACAAAACCUAGCUUCUGCUGUGCAAAGUGAGUGGUUAGCUAGAGCCACGUGAUGGAGCGACAGCAGAGCUCCACUUCCACCGUACGGCAGUGGCAAGUUGACCGUGUUGCAUGUGUCCAUCAGUGGCAACUUCAUCCCAGGUGUAAGUCCAGUGGAGUGGCCUCCUGGAGGGAUCUGACAUUACAAACGCACACAUUGUAGGGUAAGAGGUGAGCUCGCCUGGACUCUGGGGAAAGGGGCUUUUCAGCAUAACAACCCACAUAGGUUGCCAAUGGCUUCUGCCCGCUGAAGACUACGAAUAGGAUCUGACUUGCAAAUGGUAAUGUACUGCCCGGUAGGGAAACACUCUGCGGGCUCGCAGCCCUGGGCACGGCAGAAAUGCCUGGGAAGAAGGAAACAACACUUAAGCCCCCUGUACGGCUAAGCCAGGAUGCUAGCCUUGAUAUCGGGGCUAGUUGUCUCUGUAAAGCAAAGUGUCAUUUGCCCGGCGGGGGGAACAAAAACCCUCCUGCCAGAGAGAACAGGAACACAUUAGUCAAAGAGAAUGACCCGACCAACAAGACCAGGAUGCUACGUGCCGUGCUUCGUGAGCUGUGCCAAAGUUGCUAUUGAGUCCUAUUUACCUAUGUAUUUGUGUAACUUUUUGUGCGUCUCGCACGUCAUUUGUGAACACUAAGACGACCUGCUAGAGGACCGUGACCCAAGAAAGUGCAUUAGGCUGUGUUAUGUAUUUUGGUGUGGCCUCUCCCAUUUGAUUUUCAAUUCCACCUGUGUUGUGCCUCAUUGUUAUUUAUGGUGUUGCCCCGUGGUUGUUCCCGAUGUACACCCGGAUUUUGGAAUUUGCACAAGGGCACGUUUUGCCUUGUCCGGUUCACUUCCUACCCCCCAUUUGUGGAAGAAAGCAAUGUAAUUAAAAUGCUGGAUGGCCGUUGUUUCCGUGCUGAGUGGUUCUGUGUCUGGCCCUCCCCACAGACUAGAUCCGAGUCCUUGCUAGGAUAAAAGCUAUUGCAGAAAUGCUGCUUGGUCCCUUAUAUGUCAGGCUUUGCGCGUGACCUGUUAAAAUUAAAUACGUGCAUAGGUUUUAGCUCCAAAUCCUGGUCCCAGAGGAGUUCUGACAUUCACUUAAGUUGUAGCAAGGUUUAACCCGUAGCAAUUUUACACAAUGGGAAAGCACAUGUGGGUAUCGCAAGUUGAAUGUGGGUUUAUAGCUCUUCUGCCGGCUGGUUUGUAUAAACGCCCACGACCGCUGCCAGCUACAGGAACUACUGCACUAGCUCAUGUGGGGGCAGCUCAGACUUUUAAUACUGAAAGUCCCUGGAGACCGGACUGCACUGGUUGCCCCGGUUUGGGAGCCUUCCCACUUACAUCAGCACUGUCAUAGAGGCUUAACAGCUUGGGCUGAGGCUGCUCUGCUGUCCAUCGAUGGGAGCGCAAUAUCACAGCGGGAGGGGAGCGGUUGGAUGUAAAGGGAUAAAGAAAGCGUCCUGUACCACGAAAACAGCUGAACUGCCACGACCAUCCAUGAAUACAUUGCUAUCCAAGCACUAGGGCACUUCAAGGCACCACGGCUCUUUUCAAUCUGAUAAUUGCCUUUUUAGCAUUAGCGUAAUAAACCCUGCAACCUAAACCAC